ACGGACGGCGUGGGCGACGUGCCCACGCCGGCAGCGUGAGGCGGCCUGCGGCGGCGACAUCCUUCUGGAGCGGGGCUGGGGGCGCCUGUUUUGAAGCUGCCCUGGGCAGGCUUCCUGUUCGCUUCCGCUCUCGUUGGAGCCUCCUCCUCCUCCUCCCUCGCCGGGCCCCGGGGGAAGCCGACCAGCCAAUGCGCUCAGCCCCGCGCCCGGCUCCGUUCCCCCGCAUCUGUCCCCGAGGUGGUCGGACGCCGCUGCCUUCUCUGGAGGCCCCGGGGCCGCCUGUGCCCUCGUCCGCUCGGACUGCGGUUCCGCCCCGCCCUCCUCCUUUGGGGCCGCCUCCCGGCCCAGUCGUUUGACCUCGUGUUCCCCUCCCCCUCCAACUCGAAAUCAUCCCCCCCACUCCAAUGCCGGCGUUCUGGCGCCGGUGUCCUUAAGGAGUCGAGCAAGGGGUAGGGGCCGUGGCCUUGAACAGCUAAUUUAAAGGAGUUAGACAGCCCGGCCUCCGUUCUGGGAACCAGAAAAAGUGGGUGCGGGCGGUGGUGGUGCUGGUGAAGGAGGGAGAAGCGGGGGUACGAGGGGAAAGGAAAGAAAACCAACAAUAAGAGCGAGCCAAAGGCAGACAAAAUGCCAAGUGGUAAAGUCCUGCAGCCAGUGCUAAAGAUGAAAGUGGACGAGUUGUUCCUGUGCUGGUUGAGUGAGACCAACACCCAAGUGAUGCUCAAGGACUGCUUGAAAAGAAUCAAGAAUACUGAGAGGAUAGAAAUUGGUAGUGGAAAUGCUGGGGACAGUGAGCCUUUCCUGACCACUAAAAUCGCAAACUCCAAGCAAAACAUAUUAGAUAAUCUGAUGGCUCCCUUGGUGACUCCUUCUAGUCCUUCUUGUGCUUCCACCGCACUGCCCCUGGGGACUUCAACUAGUUCCAGAAGUGGGCCACAUGCUCGGGGGACCCGUAGAUCUGCAGGGACCAGAGUAGUUCAAACAAAGAAGGAGGAACCUCUACCGUCAGCAGUGAGCCAAAGCAUUCCAACAUUUUAUUUUCCUAGAGGAUGUCCAAAAGAAAAAGUGAAUAUUGAUGCUAUAAUUACCAAGAUAGAGAAGACUUUUUCUCAGUUUCCAAAUGAGAGAGCAACUUUAGAAGAUAUGGGUAAAGUUGCAAAGGCCUGUGGAUGUCCACUCUACUGGAAAGGGCCAUUGUUUUAUGGUGCUGGGGGAGAGCGAACUGGAUAUGUAUCUGUUCAUAAAUUUAUUGCAAUGUGGAGAAAAAUCCUUCAGAAUUGCCAUGAUGAUGCUGCAAAGUUCAUUCAUCUUUUAAUGAAUCCUGGAUGCAACUAUUUGGUGCAAGAAGACUUCAUUCCAUUUUUACAAGAUAUAGUGAAUACUCAUCCUGGUUUAUCAUUUUUAAAGGAAGCAUCUGAAUUUCAUUCUCGGUAUAUUACCACAGUUAUACAACGGAUUUUUUAUACAGUAAAUAGGUCCUGGUCUGGGAGAAUCACUUGUACUGAACUGAGAAAAAGCAGUUUUUUGCAGAAUGUUGCACUAUUAGAAGAGGAAGCUGAUAUUAACCAGUUGACAGAGUACUUCUCUUAUGAACAUUUUUAUGUCAUUUAUUGUAAAUUCUGGGAACUAGACACUGACCAUGAUCUCUUUAUUGAUCCAAAGGACUUAGCCCGACAUAAUGACCAUGCCAUAUCCAGUAGGAUGAUUGAGAGAAUAUUCUCAGGAGCUGUGACAAGGGGCAGAAAAGUACAGAAAGAAGGAAAAAUAAGCUAUGCUGAUUUUGUCUGGUUUUUGAUAUCUGAAGAAGACAAAAAAACUCCAACCAGCAUUGAAUAUUGGUUCCGCUGCAUGGAUCUUGAUGGAGAUGGAGCACUAUCAAUGUAUGAGCUGGAGUAUUUCUAUGAGGAACAGUGCCAAAAACUGGAUAACAUGGCUAUUGAGCCUCUACCAUUUGAAGAUUGUCUUUGUCAGAUGUUAGAUCUUGUGAAACCACAAUGUGAAGGAAAGAUUACUCUCCAUGAUUUAAAGAAAUGUAAAUUAGCAAAUGUUUUUUUCGAUACAUUUUUCAACAUUGAGAAAUAUCUUGACCACGAACAGAAAGAUCAGAUUGCUGUAAUUAGGGAUGCUGAAAGUGAAGGCCAAGAGCUCUCUGACUGGGAGAAAUAUGCUGCUGAAGAAUAUGAUAUUCUAGUGGCUGAAGAAGCAGCUGGUGACCAAUGGAACGAUGGGGAUUCUGACUUCUCUGACUACUAGCCUGCACAAAGGUCUAGAGUAAGGAAUUACUCAGUUACGAAGCAGAACUGAGUCCUAUAGAUCAGAAGGCCAAUGCAUUAAAAUUUCAGUUGGAUAAAAGACCGUUCUUUGAAAUGCCUUCACCUCUGGGUGAUGUAGAUUUGGAUGAGUAUGAAGAUGAUGUGGAGACACUAUGAUUAUGACCCAGCAUAGAAAGACUGCAGCAGGUCUGCUACGACAGAAAUGAUCAGUGGCUUUGUUUCCAGACAGUAAUAGUUUUUUUGCGGUACAAAAUAUUUAAAUACUUUUUAAAGAAAAUGAAGUGCAUUUUUAUGGAAUGAUAAUUUUGUAUUUAUCCAGUAUUCAAGCUUGUAAAAUAGGCAUUUAUUUAUAGAUGGUGCAUAUUUCCUUAAUUGGAAUAAUUUUGUGUUCUCGAAAGCCUCUGCUAUCUUACAAGAUGAGUAUGCACCAUUCUUUCCAGUUAGUAUGUAGUAUGCUGACACCUUGGAGCUCUAAAGCUGUGGAAAAACUACCUAUGACCCAGGAGUAAGAGGUUCCUCAUUUAGGAUCUCUAGUGCUUUUGCUCCUAAAAGAGGGAAAAAUAAAUUAACAUCUUAGCAGUAACCUGGCAAAAAGAAAAUGUAUGGUGGUAGUUGUAUUUUUAAAAGCUGUCACUGGUAUAGUUUAACCUGAAAACUAAGCGUCCUGGCGCACACAGGAAAAAUUUAAGUUUUUAAAAACUGGUUUCUCCCUCCUGUUUAUGCAGUUCCAUACAUCAGGUUUACUUUAUUGGUGUAUACCAUAAAAGUACUUUUUAACAUCUGAAGUUGGUUAUAUACUCAAUAUUCUGGCUGGAUAUUUUUACUUUCUAGAGAAGGGAUUUUUUUUUCCUUGGCUUUUUAAAAACAUAUUAAUGUUACUUGAUCCGUGAUGUGCACUAAUAUGUUGUGGGCAUUUAAGGCUUCUAUUUCUUCCUCUUUGAAAGGUUAGUUAUUGACACAUUCCAUAAAUAUACAAACAAAAGUGUCACAGCAGCUUGAAAUUCUGGCACCUCAUCUGCCUAUCUCUAUGGCAAGAGAGUGUGUACUAGAAGGGAGAUUUUUGUUUCAGUUUCAUAAAUCAUAAGGUUGUAGUGCCUUGAAAUGUACAUAACAGUACACAAAGAAUUUGGGUAUAGAACGUCUUCAGCAAGUUUAUUUGAACGUUUUCAUGUAAAAUGUACAAAAAGAUGUAAAGUUAUUUUUGUUUGCUGUGUAGAUCAGUUUAAAAAUGUUUAAAAAUCAUGUUUGUAUUUUCAAAUAAAGCAUUUAAAGAUUUUCAUUCAUG